AAAUUUCGUUUCUUGUUUGGAUGUCGUCAUAUGCGAGAUGGUUCUGUGGACCGAGUGGAUAUUAUGAAACAAAAUAAAUACAAAAUCUAAUGUUUCGCGUAAGAAAUUAUAAUUGUCUUUUGUACGUCGAUGGACCCAAUCGCCAACUGAACAUCAUUCGCUGUAAAUCGAAUUCGCGGAUUUAUAUUUUUUAAUAUAAUCGAUCGGUGAUUGUCUACACUCCCUCUAAUUAACAAACGCCUUGUGGCUAUGACUACGGAUUUACUAUCUGAUUUGGAUAGUCGUUUCUUCGCUGAUAACCUUCUGACAAGCGAGGAUUGGGAUGCCUGUCUGUACCAGUGUGAGAGCAUGGAGGAGGGAGAGGACGGAGAGUACACGAGAGGACUGAAAUAUGAAACAUCGUUUGACAACGAUCUCGUGCUGACCCUUGAUCCCGACAAUCCCACGUCGCCAUGGAGACACCUGGACGACAACCUUCUCACAGGGGACAUUCCCGUACUGAAAGAUGAAAUGACGAUAACGCAGCCUUUGCCAGUGGACAUGUUGUUCCGGGUGAAGGCGGAGCCUCCCUCCCCUGCCUCCUCGCUGGCCUCCGACUGCUCCCUGGCCUCACUCCCAGACUCACAGAUCCAAGUGAAAGGAGAGAACCCGCCCACGCCUCCUUAUAUGUUUGGAGAUGUGCUGGCACCACCACUUGGCACAUGUGAAGUCACGGUGGCCUCUGCACAACUGGCCCGACCACAGUCCAAACUGCCGCCUCAGCAACACCAAACAUCAACCCACAAUGGCAUGGACACACAGGCCACAGUCCACCCCACUGCGGCCACGAUCAAAGCCAGUACCAUCCUGAGCAGUAAGCCUCUCAUCCAACCCAGGCCUGUGUGUGUAGCGGCUAUCUCCGUCCCCCAGGCUCCCAGUCCAGCCAAGGCCCUCAUACUGCACAGCCUGCCUAGCAGGGACCAGAGCAGGCCUGUGGUGCUUUCCCAGUCAGUCUGUCUGGGGUCCGCGCCAGCCAUCGUCAAAAUGGAGCCCGCCUCCCCCACCAUGCCUCACUGCCAUAGCCCCACGGCCCCAUUCCCCAGCAAACCCAUAGUCCCGGCGUCCUCUCUGCCAGGGAGCAACUGCAACGGCAUGGAUGUGAGUGUCUGUCAGUCGCAUGUCAGUCAGUCAAUGAAGGUGAUGAAGAGGCAGCAGCGGAUGAUCAAGAACCGGGAGUCGGCGUGCCAGUCACGCAAGAAGAAGAAGGAGUACCUGCAGAACCUGGAGGGCCAGCUGAGGGAGGUGCAGCAGGAGAACGAGCACCUCCGCAGGGAGAACCAGGCCCUGAGGGAGAGGCUUGCUGGGAAAGAGGGCAGUGAAUCUGGUAACAACAAGAGGGCCGUCUGCGUCAUGGCAGUGCUACUGUUCAUGACCUUCAGUUUCGGCCCUGUCAGUAUCACAGACAGGAAGCUGGAGACAGGGUUACAGGAAGAGGUGGUCCCUCACACAGGAAGACAUCUCCUGGAGUUUGAGACGGCUCAGGAACAUAGCAGAGUGGAGGAAAGGAUAGAUCCCGAGGAGGAGGGAGGAGAGGAUGGGUGGAAGGGAGGAGAGGUGGAGAGGGAAUCCACCGAUUCAUACCAGUUUAGGAACCUGAGUGACGUGUUCAGCGAUGUGAAGGACCUGGUCCUGCAGGACAUCGACCGCUAUUUCACCUCCAAUGACUGCAGGCAGUUCAACCGCUCCGAGUCCCUCAGGCUGGCAGAUGAGCUGAGAGGAUGGGUCCACAGGCACCAGAUCGACAGGAAGAAGUCUGGAGGGAAGCCGAAGAUAGUGAAAAAAGCUAAAAUAGCGCAGAAAGCGCAGCUUAGGAAGACCAACAUCUCCAGAUAUCUCCCCAUCCAGACCCAUCGUUCCAUUGACAGUCAGAUACAAGUGUUCCCUGCCGGUCCAGAGAUCAGCUACAGUGACUUCAUGGACGCCAUCGACCGGCGUGAGGACACCUUCUACGUGGUCUCCUUCAGACGGGAUCACCUGCUGUUGCCAGCUAUCAGCCACAACAAAACCACACGGCCCAAAAUGUCCCUGGUGAUGCCGGCUAUGUCCGUCAACGAGAGUUUAUAUAACAAAUCCCAGGGCUAUGAGAUGAUGAUGCAGGUGGAUUGUGAGGUCAUGGACACCCGGAUCAUCCCCAUCAAAGCCUCCGCUGUUCCCCCGUCGCUCCGCGACCCCCCUCCCGCUCCCCCCGCCCACCAUCACCACAGCAACCACACCUCCCUCCGAGGCCGCCACCAUCCCCACACCGGCGGACCGGCGUCUCCACGGCAACCCUUACCUGCCAGCAGACAGGAGGCCGAGUAUUACAUCGGCCAGGGGGGCGGGGUUUGAGGUUAGUGAAGGUGAACAAAUGAGUGGGGGAUUGGAGGAGAAAGGAGAGGAUAGUGUAAAACGGGAAGGAGAGGGUAGAGGGAAAACAGGAAGGAGAGGGUAGAGGGAAAACAGGAAGGAGAGGGUAGAGGGAAAACAGGAAGGAGAGGGUAGAGGGAAAACAGGAAGGAGAGGGUAAUGGGAGAUUGAAUAAGUGAAGUGAGAUGAAGAGGAGGACUUAAUAAGGGAGAGUAGGAGGGUUGUAGGAGGCAGAUCUGUCAGGGAAUAAUGGAGGACAUCUGUACUAAUUGCAACAAAUGAUUAACAAUGAAGUUACGGUGCCACAAUGUUGAAACGUUGUCCCAGCAACUCCAAGCAAAUGUGUUUUAUUCUACUGAAGACUCGGUAUAUUAAUAGACCAAUGAGUAAUACCCAUUUCACAAACCUGAUCUGUUCAA